GAUGCGCCGCGCGAGGAGGAGCGCCGGGCCACCAGGAGGCAGGUCUUACAGAGCACCUCACAAGAGCAGGAAACCUCUCAGGCCAGGGCGCCGUGGGAACCGAGGUCUUGUGAGACACUGCAAUUCAUCCAGCAUUCAAAGAUUUCUUGCCAAACCAGCAAGUAAAGAAGUUGUUUCCUGCCACUGGAGAACUUGGCUUCAGCAGACUGUCACCUGUAGAGGACACCAUGGAGCGACCGCCGCUCUUGCCCAAGGGCAGUACUGUUAACGGGCAUAUAGACAUCCACAUUGAAGAGUCACCUUGCGAAUUGUCUGUCAGCCAAUCCCAGGACUCACCAGAUGGUGAAGCUGGUCACAGAAAUGGUGGGCGGAGCUGCCUCUCUCGGGGUUUGUGCCGCACCAUCCGGAAGCCCCGGGAGAACAUAGUGUCAGUGACAGACUCCGAAAAUCAUUUGCCGCUGGAAUGGUGGAAAACUGGAAUCGCCUUCAUCUACGCUCUCUUCAACCUGGUCCUCACCACAGUCAUGAUCACUGUAGUGCACGAGCGGGUCCCGGCCAAGGAGAUUUACCCACCCUUACCAGACAAGUUCUUUGACUACGUUGACCGUGUCACAUGGGCCUUCUCUGUGACUGAAGUCAAUGGGAUGGUGCUCGUGGGCCUCUGGUUCCUUCAGUGGCUCUUUCUCAGAUACAAGGCCAUAGUCGGCCGACGGUUCUUCUUCCUGAUGGGAACCUUAUACCUGUAUCGCUGUGUCACCAUGUAUGUCACCACACUGCCUGUCCCAGGAAUGCACAUGACCUGUGCCCCCAAGCUGUACAGUGACUCGCAGGCCAAAGUGCAACGGAUUCUGCGUCUGAUCUCUGGAGGAGGCCUGUCCAUCACCGGCUCCCACCUCAUGUGUGGAGACUUCUUGUACAGUGGUCACACAGUCAUGCUCACACUCACCUACCUGUUCAUCAAGGAGUAUUCGCCGCGCUCUGUGUGGUGGUAUCACCUUGUGUGCUGGGUGCUCAGUGUAGUGGGCGUGAUUUGUAUCCUCCUGGGCCAUGAGCACUACAGCGUGGACGUUGUGGUGGCCUACUUCGUCACCUCCCGCCUCUUCUGGUGGUACCACGCCAUGGCCAAUGAGCAGGCUAUGCAGUUCUCGAGCAACAGCUACCUAAGGAACACCUGGUGGAAUCCUGUGUUCAACUUCCUGGAGAAGAACGUGCAGACCCAAGUGCCGUGCACCUUUUGCUGGCCCAUCUCCUGGCGGCCCUCCUGCCUCAAGAGUAAAUGCAAGAGGUACUCCAUAGUGCAGAGCAUACGUGAGGAAUGACCCCUAAGACGAGCAGUGGCCUAGCAUCCUUCUGGAUUCACAUUUACAGCUCUGCCACCAGAAUUUUACAGCACAGCUUCCAACGUCGUCCCAAAGAAUACAGAUACUUUCACAAGGAAGUAAAACUGGCAUGUUGAAACAAACCCCAGCAAUUUUCUAUGUAGAAAAAGGAACCACACACAGUUCUGACAUGUUUUGUGAAUUAUAAAUGUUCUGAUAAGUGCAAUUACACAGAGUGAAUAUGAAAGCAUUUAAAACAUUUAUGUUAAGUUUUUUAUGAGCACGUUUUGCCAAUUUUGGAAACAGUGAAGGGUCACUAUUUUGUAUAAAUAAUGAAAACUGAAGUAUAAAAGAGAUGCUGAGACAAUCAGUUGAAGUUGUUACUGGUGAAAGAUGUAACUUUGUUUACCUUGGUUCUAAUCCUGAACUUAAGCAUUACCGUUUACAGUAAAGGUUUUAUGUAAAUAUUUCAGUAAUGAUCAGGACCAGAAAAUAAUUGUGUAAUUUUG